CUAAUAAGUAAUGUACAGAACGGCCCCUACGGCGAGAACCUCGCCUUCGGGUACCCCAACGUCUCGUCUGCCGUAGCCGCCUGGGGUGACGAAGUCCAAAAGUACAAUUUCCAGGAACCGACGGGGUUCACGGAGGAGACGGGACAUUUUACGCAGUUGGUGUGGAGGGAGACGAGGGAGGUGGGGUGUGCGGCUAUUGAUUGUGGUGGGAUAAAUGGAACGGAGAGACCGCAGGGAUGGUAUGUCGUUUGUGAAUACUCGCCUAGGGGCAAUAUCAUUGGGGGCAAUAAGAAAUUGGGGGAUAAGGAGUUCUUUAAGAUUAACGUGCAGCCGUCGAGUACUUAUUCCGGGCCGUAUAAUACGGGAUCGGCUGGAAAUGGGGCCGCGAGGGUGGAAUGUAUAAUGGGAUUAUGUUUNGGUAAUUGGGAUAUGGAUAGUGGUAUAAACUGA